AUUUAAAAGGCCAGUCGCCAGAUGAGCAGCGAGCACAGCGCGAGCGGUAGCUGCUAGCGAGAGGAUAUCAACCCGUUGCGCACAGCUCUGUUCUGUUCAGGAGGAGGAUGCGCAUCUUCACUGUCAUCUGGGCCAUCUGCUUCUUCUUGAAGGAAGUGCAAGCGUGGGGCUUCAGAAAUGGAAUAUUUCAUAACUCCAUAUGGUUGGAGCAAGCUGCUGGAGUCUACCACAGGGAAUCGCGUAAAGGGAGAUACCAGCUGACUUAUAAGGAGGCCAAGACGGUGUGCAAAUACGAAGGAGGAAAUCUGGCCACUUACGAUCAACUGGAGGCUGCUCGUCAAAUAGGUUUUCACGUGUGUGCGGCUGGGUGGUAUGACAAAGGUCGUGUAGGCUACCCUAUCGUCAAAGCUGGUGCCAACUGUGGUUUUGGGAAGGUUGGUGUCAUCGACUACGGGUACAGGCUGAACAAGAGUGAAAGAUGGGACGUCUACUGCUACAACCCCAACUCGAAGGAGUGUGGAGGAACUCUGACAGACCAGCAGAAGAUCAUCCAGUCACCUGGUUACCCAGAGGAGUACCAAGAUGAGCAGAUCUGCUACUGGCACAUCCGUGUACGCUAUGGACAUAGGAUACGCCUGCAUUUCCUGGAGUUCGACGUGGAGGAGGACACGUCCUGUCUAGCAGACUACCUGGAGAUCUAUGACAGCUAUGACGACGUCUCUGGCUUUGCCGGGAGGUACUGUGGAGAUUACUUACCAGAUGACUUAAUUAGCACAGGGAAUGUGAUGACACUAAAGUUCCUGUCCGAUGCCUCUGUAGUGGCAGGAGGCUUCCAGCUGGAGUACAUUGCUGUGAACUCUUCUCUUCACCACUUCCAGAAUGACAGCAGCUACUACUUCACUUGACAAAUUAUUUAAUAGAUGUUUUUUAUGUUAAUGUUUCCUAUUGUAUUUAUAAUGUUGUCGUUUUUACUCAUGUAAUUGAUGUGUGUAUCCUUGUUGUCUUCAAGGGAAAGCAAAUAAAUGCUGUAUUAAAUGUAUAACCUCACA